UACAUCUCUACAGGAUGUGCUCGCUUCUCAGGCACUUUCACGCCGAGUCUGAGGGGGGACUACCUGCCUUUCCAAACUAGCAUGGUGGGCCAACAGUAAAGUUUAGGGAAAGAUGUGCCAGAGGUCGUGGCUCUUUCAAUGGCUGGGAAUCGGCAUUGGCGUCCUCUUAAUCACAGCUCCCAGCAGGUCUCAGGACACAGAUGACUGGCAGUAUGAGGAGUGCAAACUCUCCAGAACCGGCCCACCAGCCACCAUCGUAGCCAUAGAUGAAGAGAGUCCUAAUGGGACUGUACUGGUAGAGAACAUGCAAAUCAACGGCCGGGCAGAAGACCCUAACCGAACCAUUUCUUUAUCCCUGAGAGACAACUAUGACUACUGGGUUAUCCUGGACCCGGUCAAGCAACAGCUUUACCUUAACAGCACUGGAAGAGUUCUGGAUCGAGAUCCUCCUUCCUACAUUCAGUCCAUUGUGGUGCAGGUCCAGUGCAUGAACGAGCUGGUUGGUUCAGUGAUUCGUCACGAGGUGCGGAUUGUCGUGAGGGAUCGUAACGACAAUGCUCCUCGUUUCCAGCAGCCACGAUACUAUGUGGCUAUUAAUGAGCUGACUCCUGUUGGGACCACAAUCUUCUCGGGCUUCACUGGGAAUAAUGGUGCUGUUGACAUCGAUGACGGACCAAACGGACAAAUCGAGUACACCAUUCAGUACAAUCCUAAUGAUCCGACCGCAAACAGAACUUUUGACAUCCCUCUCACCCUGUCCGGCUCUGUGGUGCUGAGAGAGAGACUGAACUACGAAGAGAUCACACGCUACCUGGUCAUCAUCCAGGCCAAUGACCGAGCUCCUGACCCUAAAGAGCGUCUGACUGCCACUACAACACUGACAGUGGACGUGCUAGAUGGAGACGACCUGGGCCCGAUGUUCCUUCCCUGCAGCCUGGUUGAAAACACCCGUGACUGCCAGCCACUUACGUACAGAGCCACCGUCCUGGAGCUCGCAGACCCAAGCAAGGCGAACCCGGUGAAUGUGACACCUCCUAUCCAGGCCGUGGAUCAGGACAGGAACAUCCAGCCGCCCUCGGAUCGCCCCGGCAUCCUGUACUCCAUCCUCUUAGGCAAUCCUGCAUUCUAUGCCGAGUACUUCUCACUAAACAGCAGCACAGCUGAGCUCAGGCUCCUGCAGCCUAUCAGGCGUGAGCAGCACCAGAGAUUCGACUUGAUAAUCAAGGCCGAGCAAGACAACGGACAUCCACUCCCAGCCUUCGCCAAUCUCCGUAUUGAAGUACUGGAUGAGAACGACCAGGCGCCGUAUUUCCAGGCAAACACCUACGAAGGCUUCAUCCUUGAAUCAGCUCCAGUUGGCACUACAAUCUCUAGCGAUGCCAGUCUCUCGUCUGCACUUACCAUCAUUGCUCUGGAUAACGACACGGAGGAGACCAAAGAUCCCAUGGUGCAAAUCUCCCUGGACAACUACGAAAGCGUCUUCGCGGUGACACCCAGAGGGAUUGCGCGCUACCUGACGCUCCUAAAGCCUGUGGACCGUGAAGAGCAGAAGAGUUACAGCUUCACAAUGACGGCCUCGGAUGGGGUUCACCGGAGCUCACCGGUUGCAGUUAAUAUCACGGUGAUCGAUGCCAAUGACAACACUCCAACCUUCCCCAACGUCUCCUACAGCGUCAGUGUUUACACAGACAUGCAAGCCGGGGAAGCGGUACUAUGGCUCACGGCUUCCGAUGCAGAUGAGGGUCCCAACGGCCUGGUGAGCUACAGCAUUCUGGCAGGAAGUCGGGGCCACUUCAUCAUCAAUAACCAAACAGGACUGAUCAGCGUGGUACCCGGCGUAAAUUUAACAGUGGGCAGCUCUUACGCCCUCACUGUCAAGGCAACAGAUAAUGCACCAAUCAACCAGAGAAGGAGCUCCAUCACCACCGUGUACAUUGAGGUGUUGCCCCCGAACAACCAGAGUCCCCCACGCUUCCCGCAGCUCGUCUACAGCCUGGAGAUCAGUGAGGCAAUGAGGACCAGAGCCACAAUCCUUGAUCUGCAGGCAACAGACCGAGAAAAAGAUCCCAUUAUGUACAGCAUCCUCAGCGGAGAUCCUGAUAACGUCUUUGAACUCAAUCAAACGUCGAGACUCUUGCUGCUGGGAAAGAUGCUGGAUAGAGAGUACACGGAUCGCUACACACUGAUCGUUUCUGCCUCCGAUGGCAGGCCGGAUGGGACCUCAACUGCCACGGUUAACAUCCUGGUGACUGAUGUGAAUGAUAAUGACCCCAUGUUUGAUCUUUCGCUGCCUCGAAAUCUCUCUGUUCUGGAAGAGCGGGCAAAUGCUCUCGUUGGUCAAGUAAAGGCCAUGGACGCUGACCAGGGAUUGAACGGGGAGGUGCACUACAGACUGCUGAGCCAUUCCGACCUGUUCCGGAUCAGCGCCAAUGGAAGCAUCUGGACAGCAGUUGCUCUAGACAGAGAGCAAAGGGAGCAUUAUGAGGUGGUGGUGGAAGCAUCGGAUGCGGCGCCGGAUCCCCGCAGAACGUCCGUCACACUCUCCGUCACAGUGCUGGACAUCAACGAUAACAGCCCGGUGUUCUCCCAGCCGUCCUACAGCGUCAUCCUGCCUGAGAAUAACCCACCCAACAUGACCAUCCUGAACCUUACCGCUCUGGACGCAGACUUGAACUCAAACAUCACCUACCGUAUCAGUACGAAGGAGGCCAGGAAGCUCUUUGAGCUAAACCCUGUUACAGGAGAGUUGAAGGUGCUGUACACACUGGACUUCGAGAAGCUUUCUCCUGAGGAGACUACGCACACCUUCGUGGUCGAGGCAGUAGACAGCGAGGGUACCAUGCCACCUGGUUUAGCUACUGUUACAGUUACGAUCAUGGACAUGAACGAUUUUUCGCCCGUCUUCAGCCAGACCCUGUAUCGAGGCAUGGUGGCUCCCAAUGCAGUCAAAGGGACCGUCGUGACCACCGUGCAGGCUGAGGACCAGGACACCAUGGGCACAGGAGCCAGUCGAGUGAAGUACAGAGUGGACUUGGAGAACUUCCCCUACAGUGCCAGCAUCUUUGACCUUGAAGAGGACACAGGAAAUAUUCUGACCAGGGUCAACCUCAAUGAGAGUCCCAACACCAAAUUCACUCUGGUGAUUAUCGCUUAUGACGACGGGGAGCCUGUGAAGUCCAGUAAGACCUUGGUGGAAAUUACCGUCCUGCAGCCAUCUGCCAUUCCCAUCUUCACUCAGGAGGAGUACAGGUUCCCACCAGUCAGCGAGAAAGCUCCUGUAGGGAGGGUGGUCGGGGUCAUCCUGGCUUCUGCCAUAAAUCAGACCAUCGUCUACUCCAUCAUUGAGGGGAAUGAAGGGGGCGUAUUCAGCCUGAACAACCAGACCGGAGAGAUCAGUACAGCUAAGCUUCUGGACUUUGAGAGCAACAACAGCUACGUGCUGCGCGUGGAGGCCGACUCCAUGAGAGUGAUCUCAUCCAACCUGCGGGCUCCAGCAAAAAGUAACACCGCCAAGGUGAUCAUUGAAGUACAAGAUGAAAAUGAUCAUCCACCUGUUUUUACUAAACAGCUCUACCUGGCUGGGGUCACAGAGGACGCGAAGACAUUCACAUCUGUCCUGCAGGUUGAGGCUUUGGAUAAAGACACAGGGAAUUACAGCGCCAUGAAGUACGAGCUGAUCAUCCCUCCGACGGCUGAGGGCAAGGACAGCUUUGUGAUCGAGCCGUACACGGGAGUCAUUAAGACCGCCAUCAUGUACCGCAACAUGCGCCGAUCCUACUUCAGAUUCGACGUCGUCGCCACCGACAACUACGGAGGAGGCCUGAGAGGGAGCGCGGAGGUUGUGGUGUCCGUGGUCAAUCAGCUGGAUAUGCAGGUGGUGGUGUCCAACGUGCCCCCGACUGUGGUGGAGCAGAACAAGGAGCAACUGAUUGGCAUCCUGGAGCACUAUGUCCAAGACCAGAUCCCAGGUGCCAAAGUAGUGGUGGAAUCCAUUGGACCACGGCGAUAUGGAGAAACCUACGAACAAGAAGACUACUCGAGCUCAGACCUCAUGGUGUAUGCCAUCGACCCUAUGACCAACAGGGCUGUCUCCAGACAGGAGUUAUUCAAGUUUUUGGAUGGAAAGUUACUGGACAUCAAUAAGGAGUUCCAGCCGUACCUGGGCCGGGGCAGCCGCAUCUUGGAGAUUCGUACGCCUGACAUCGUGCAAAGCGUGAAGAAAGCCGUACAGUCACUGGGGUAUACGGAAGGAGCACUGCUGGCACUUGCUGUCAUUAUUGUAAUUUUCUGCAUCCCCGCCAUCCUCGUUGUCAUCAUCACAUAUCGACAACGGCAGGCUGAGUGUGCCAAAACCGCCAGGAUCCAAAUGGCUCUCCCAGCUGGCAAACCUGGAGGCAUCGCUGCUAGCAAUCUGUAUGAGGAGCUAGGCGACAACACCAUGAGAGGGUACGGACAUCAAGAGCAACAGCAGUUGCUUCGGCCGUCUCUCUUGAGGCCUGAGGAACUAUCUAUGGAAUCGGGCAUUGACCCAGGGCAGGACUAUUAUACGCAGGAUUACUAUAAUUAUGACCACGGAUAUGACUUGCCUCAGUAUGGCAGCCGCAGGAAGCUGAUCUCUCAAGCCGGAACGUAUGAUGAGUACGGCGAGGUGAUCGUCGAGGAUGAUGGCAGCUAUUAUUACAGUCCUCAUGAAUCAGAAGGAGAGAUUUCCAGACAGGCUAAAAAGCUGAGCCUGCCCCAGAGUCAGACUCUUGAAAGACCACCUAAAUGGUCUCGAAGAGAUCAGGUUCCCAGACCGGAGCAGACCGGUUCUGAUCCAGCCGGGGAUGCUGGGAUUUUCCGCAACUCAAAUCCUGUGAUCAGUCUCAAUCUGAUGAAACUCAACAAACUGCUUGCUGCAGGCAAGGCCUCUGGACCACCACUGCCUUUCCGUCCACCAUGGAGGAGGGCUCGGAUAUUCCCGAUGACGGAGCAGGCACAAAGUGUAGAGCUCGCUAAACCGACUCAAGGCUCUGAUAGCUCGGAGAGUGGUACAAUCAUUGACGGUAUCUUCUUCCAGGCCAAAGAAGGAAAAACCUCAGGGGAAAAACAAGUCCCUUAUCAGCUUCGCAUUCAUAACAAAUGUCCGAGCAAAACUAAUAUCACAGAUAGCUCAAGUGAUGGGAAGAUGUCGGUUUCCCAGGAAAGCAGCGAUUCCGAAAGGGGGAUUCAAUAUGGCAUUGUUAACAAAAGUCAACAAUUUACAAGCCAACUAGAAAGUGUAAACGAGGGUGUUUUUGUCAACCCAUAUGUAGACAGAUGUGUGAUAUCCUCCCGAUACCUUUAUUCAAACCGGCAAAAUGUGGCAUAUAUGACUAGCUUUGAUUCCGACAAAGAGCGGGACAUUUCUGAGGAGUCAAACAGUGAGAGUAGCAUGGAGCUCGAGGGAGAUGAUUCUGAGGACGACUCUAAGACACCUACAGAGAAAGACUCAGAGGUCGAUACCGAGAGUGGAUCCGAAACCGAGUCAGACACCGAUGAGGACAACCCACCUCGUUUUUCCGAUAGCAGAAAAGAAGCAGAGAGUUAUGACUCGUCAGAUUUAAACCUCAAAGCCGCUGGCACGCAGAAGUUUGUGAGGUCUGUUUUGCAGACGAUGAACACAAGGCGAUUUCCCAAACCUCGACUUGCAUCCAGCGUAGCGGAGAUCAGUUCCAAAGUAGGCUUCAACUUUGCACAAAACCCUUAUCAAACCUCUGAAGAACCCAUGCAUGAACGUAAAAACAAGAACGAAGAGAGUGAGAUGAGGAGCAAGCAGCCCAAGCCUUUAAUAGGACAAGAAAAGGAUUUUUCUAAAACCAGUAAAAGUCAACGCAAGGGCAGCUCAUCAGGAGGCACCACGGAUCUCCCACCCAUAGCUGAGGAAGAUGAAAUGACAAGAAGUAGUCUUGGCAACAAGUGGUCUACCAAUGGAGCUGGACAUCCAGAUGACGCCACGGAGGAUUCAGAUGCAGAUGAUGGUGGUUCAGCUGACUAAACUGGCUUGGUGGCUCCUCAUUGGGUAGAAAGAAGAGAAUCAAGUUGGUGGUGGAUCGGGAAUACGAGACCAGUUCGACAGGAGACGAUAGUGCCCCAGAG